AGGUCGUCGGCAAGAAGUGGCGUGGCAAGGGCGCCAAGGCGGACAGCGACGACGACGACGACAGCGACGGCGACGGCGACGGCGGCGGCGGCGGCGGCUUGAGCGAGCUGGAGCGGCGGCGCGCAAAGUACCUCGCGCGCAAGCGGACGAGCAUGAUGCUCAGCAAGAAGCAGCGGCAGAGCGCAGUCCUGCAGAAGCUGUCUGGCUUCAAGUCGGCGCUCAGCGACGCGUCGUCGGCGGUUGGUGCCCUCGUCGCCGAGGCGGGGCCGCUCGUGUUUGGCUCGGAGAAGCUGGAGGCCGAGUCGGCAAGCUACUACGAGGCCUUUGACCCGCUGAAGCACGGCGCGGACGCGCAGCGGGCAGAGGCCAAGAUCAAGGAGCGGGAGCGGAUCAUGCAGUCGAUGAAGGGCGGCUUCGCGGACGAGCACGACGGGCCGUACGCAGACUGAGAGCCACGCGUGCGCCGGCGCGUGUCGCGGAGCCGGCAGAGCAGGGCCCCGGCCUCGCGCGACGCCUGUGCGGCGCCCCCGCCCUCCCCCCCUCGCCUAUGUCCGUCGCAGUUGUGUGAAGGACUUGUCCUAGAUAGAAAAGGGCCCACACACACAAGUGCAAGUGCGCAAGAGUGACAAGGGUGGCAACUCCCCUCGCGGUCGCGCCCUCCGGCCACCUGUGAGGGUCACGAGCAGUCGCCGAGCAGUGUCGCUCCGACCGAGGUUCUGCGAAAGCGCGGUAAAAUUCUUUUCC